AUGGAAACCCUCUAUCUCAAAUGCAUCUGGGAGUGUGUUCCAGAAGUCAUUUUUGGCGUCUUCAGAUUCACCGGUCUUUGGUUCAUAUGCAGAGAAAAAAGAUCGGCUCUUGGAACAUUCGCUCACUUUGCGCAACGGGUGGCGCAAGGAUUCUCGUGGACGAAUUGUCGCGAUACGGUUUAUGGGCCUGCAGGAAAUGCCUCUGUAAACACAGUUGAUUCUAACGGGAAUUCACUUCUGCAUACAGCAGCUGCUUAUGGUUACUACCAGCUCAUUGAAAUAUUUAUUAAAUAUGGAGCUGAUAUACAUAGACGAGGAUAUUAUGGCAUGUUACCUAUUCAUUUGGCCUGUAUGCAUGGGCAUCAUGAAUGUUUCAGAUUGUUGUUGAAUGUUGCUGUUAAAACUAUAGAAACAUCAAAGAACGAUCUGCUAAUGGAGGAUGUACAAAUAGGAGAAAAUAUCACUAGAACAACUUCACUAUUCAACGUAAACGUUGUUGAUGACCUUGGCAGAAGCUGUUUGCAUACUGCUUCAAUUGGAGGUAAUGUAGGUAUUGUAAAUUUGCUUGUGGAAUCGGGAGCAUCUUUGGAGAUGUCUGAUAAUGACGGCAGGCGUCGUCUAAACUUCUUUGGUCACAUAGCUCGUGCCAGUCCCAUGAAGGAUCAUUACCGGGCUUUUAAAGCUGUCAUAGACCGACCCGCCACCGGACUGGACUCGACAGCGCGGCCGUCCAGGACAAUCAUGGGUCGGCUCAGUGGAGAAGGACCUGUCCCUCAUCAACUACGGUCCUUACUUGCUCAUGAUUGCUUGAAAUGGAUUCCUGUCAUCUACUCGCUCUCCCAGUCAACUCAAGUUCAACCGCAGCAAUUCAAGAAUCAAAACUUACGACGCAAUCAAAAGUUUCAGAGUUUGAUGAUUACACCCUAUACCGCAGGGACCGUGAAUGCGGGCGAGGUGGCGGUUUGA